AUGUUUUAUCGUUAUAAAAUGCCUAAACUUACAGCUAAAGUUGAAGGUACAGGUAAUGGUAUCAAAACUGUUUUGGUUAAUGUAUCCGCAAUUGCAAAAGCUCUUAAUCGUCCACCAACUUAUGUAACUAAAUUUUUCGGCUGUGAAUUAGGUGCACAAGUACAAAUGAAUGGAAAAGAAGAUCGAUAUAUUGUUAAUGGUGCACAUGAUUGUGAAAAAUUACAAAAUUUACUUGAUGGUUUUAUUAAACGAUUUGUACUUUGUCCAAAAUGUGACAAUCCCGAAACGAAAUUAAGUGUACGUAAACGAAAUGGUGGUGAAAUUCAUCAAGUAUGUGCUGCAUGUGGUCAUUCAGGUACAAUUAUUAUGGCAUCACAUAAAUUAACAACAUAUAUUGCAAAAAAUCCACCAGAUGCUGAAACAAAAAUGGUACUAAUUCAGAUGAAGGAAAAUGGAACAUCAAAAACUGGUGGUGGUGGUGAUGAUGAUGAUGAUGAUGAAGAUUGGGGUGAUGAUUUAUCACCAACUGUUGCAGAAUUAAAUCAUCAAAUAAAAGGUAUGAUUCAAACGGAUGAUCUUGAUAAACCAUUACCUGAACGUUGUGAACAAUAUAAUCGUCUUGUUGAAAAAAAGAAAAAAGAACAAAAAUUAAAUGAUAUGAAUACAAUAAAAGAUCUUGUUGCUGAAGCGGAACGUUUAGAAAUUAUGGAACAAGCACCAUUUAUUGUUGGACAAUGUGUAUUUACAGAAAAUAUUUUAAAAGAAAUUGAUGAAUAUAAAAUAUUAUUAACUAAAUUAUGUACAAAAAAUGCUAAAGGACAAAAAUAUUUAUUACAUGCCAUUGAAGCUUUAAUUGCUGAUCAUGAAGAAAUUCGUACAAAAAUUUUUAAUAAAAAAGCUAUGUCAAAAAUUUUAUUAAAAUUUUAUGAUGAAGAUAUUAUUGAAGAAGAUACAUUUUAUUUAUGGCAUGAAAAAUCUUCAAAACGUUUUGCUAAUAAAACAAUAGCAAAAGAAAUUCGUGAAAUGUCAAAAGAAUUUAUAUUAUGGUUACGUACAGCUGAAGAAUCAAGUGAUGAAGAUGAGGAUGAAGAUAAUAAAUUACAUGAACCUCAAAUUGAUUUUACACAUGCAGCUGGUAGUGGUAUUGAAGUUAAAGUUGAAUCAGUUAAUAAGCCUCCUGUUACUGAGAAAAUUGAAUAUGAUGGAGAAGUAAUUGAUGUCGACAAUAUCUAA